AUGAAAUGCGCCAGGCAGCUCUUUGGUCGAAGAGGCGCGCCUAGAUCUAGGCCACGCAUCACCCAGUCCCAAGAAGGCAGACAGACCGAGGAUUCUAGCGGACGGUAUGGACAUCAUGCGACAGAUCCCAGUGAUACUGACGUUGUUACCACAAGAGAUAUGGACCUUGCCGGCAGCCGCCCACGAGGGCGCAAAAGAGGGCGCGGGGAGGAUAGUUCGCGAGGUCCUUCAGAGAUGGCGCCCCAUCAAAACGGCAGCACACCAGAUGACCGCGACGGCAAUGAACAUGCGCCUAUCAUGAACACUCAGGCAGCACAAGACAGGGAGAAUCUUUCUCACUGGCAGCCCACAACCUCCCCCGAGAAGUCGGCGUGGAAAGAACUCAAUAAGGACUGGCACCGGAGUAUGCGAGACGCCGAAGUCUACUACAGCAAAGAUCGACGUGGCACGAGCAAAGAUUGGUACGAAAGACCCGGCCGCCCGGGGUGUUCUAUUCCCAUAUUUGAUGACAUCUGGACGGCCAGCGACGAGCUCAACUUGGGUUCUCAGGGGUGUGGCCUGGCCUUGAUGAAUGCCUUGGAGAAUCUGAAUGCGAAUGAUGGACAGGCACUUUGUACACUCUUCGACAACUGCUUGCGCCUUUUCCGAGCAGAUCCCCUCACCCUAUUCUCGAUUCAAAACCUCGAGUUUGACAACCCCCAGAUUGACCAUGAUGAAGUGCAGGCAACAACCCCGCUCUGGUCUUCAGACUUUUGCCGAAAGCUCAGCGUUCUCAUGGCACAUCCCAUGUGGAAAGGCAAGAAGCCACACUCAUUCAUGCUCUUCGCCAUCAAAUGGGUUGUCAUCUGUCGUACCGACGAUCGCCACCCUCCUCCACAGUCAGACAUUGAGUUACUGAAAUGGGUUGGCACUAGCCUUGACCCAGACGCCAACGACAAGCCCUUUGGUAUACACCAUCAAGAGCAUCAACACAACAUUCGAGAGCAAGGAGGCUGGUCAUCGCCCGAGGCAGAUCUAUUGUCUGCCAUAUGGAGAAUGACGGGUUCAUCCGCACGACUUACUCGUGCUGCUUCAGACCCAUACGUUGUUUCGACCGCAGACCUCACCGUCCUCAUCGACGCUCUGGAUGGUCUUGGUCAAGGGGGCAUGAAGAUCAGGUGCGAGGUUCAUUACCAGGUGUUUCAAGGCACCCACAUAGGUCCAGUCUACCCUUCCGGAAUUGCAGAACUCAAGACACUCUACAGAAACUGUUGGCUUAAUGUCCAAAGAGCCAAGGCACGGCGGGAGCGAGAAGGAAACUCGCUCAGUGGAGGAGGAGCUACCCAGGACCCUUACUUAUCCAGGUCUGGCUUGGGCCUCGGAGGCGAAGAGGAAGAGGGAGAAAUACAGAGCGGACUCCUCUCGAUCGAUGAUGUUGCCACCCCCAAGACUCAUCACUCAUCGCCAUUGAUCAAUUCGGGCGACACCGACACGCAAGACCCAGAUUCCGCUCUGCUCCAAAGUCUACCGAGAGACAUUCCCAAUCUUGAACCUCGACGCACACGGCCCAAGAAAGCAGUUUGCUACAAGUUCCCAUAUUGCACUUGCAUGUGGAACGGGGAUUACGCCCCCUGCCAGCGAGAGUGA